AUGUGUUUCCUUGUUGCUUGGCAGGUCCUAACCUUCCUCAAGGGGUUUAGCGACGAGGAACGUGCCCGUCUGGCGACCUUCACGUUCUUGGUGAUCUCAACCGGCCUGGUCACGCCCAACAUUCUCACCAGUCUGUUCCACGAGAACCUGGUUGAAGAAGAAACAUGUGGAUUAUCAGCGUUUCGCCACUUUCCCCGGACUGAUUGUUCAGGUUCAGACAUAUCCAGUCCUUCUGGUGUCACCCUCCAGGGCUGUGCGGAAGCGUGUUGCGCCGACUCGACAUGCCUGUCGUUUCAGUACAGCAUAGUCAACCAAUGCUAUUUGAAAAGCAGGCUGUGCUCAGAUGGGCAGAAAGUGUCUACAUCCGCUGGCAACAUGUACGAUAUAUCAGGGAUCAGUCUUGACUUUGCGACCGCUUUGUUCAAGACGUGGCUGUCGGAGAAGGAUUUCAAUUCUCUGAUUUCCAACCUGAAAAAGGCCGGCAUUGAACAGCGACUCCCGGAGCUGUUCCCAGCCAACAAACGUUCUCCGGAGCACCUGGAGUCCCAUUUCCGCGCAGCUGGUCUCGGGCCUAUCGCCGAUUACCUGAAGGAACAACAGAAUCGGGCAAACACGAAGGAGCUGAAGAUGGAGCUGAAGAAGAAACUGGCCAACGGGAAUGACGUCAAGGAGAUUGUUCUCUACGUGAAGGACUACAUGAAGAAGAAGAAGCUAGCAGAGCACGAGGUGGUCGUUCUGGUGUGGUCUUCUGUCAUGAAGUCUGUGGAGUGGAACAAGAAGGAUGAUCUGGUGGCAGAACAGGCCAUCCGGCUUCUGAAGGCCUACGCCCCCCUUCUGGCAGCCUUGACCACCCAGGGACGCUCAGAGCUGGACCUUCUGGUCGCGAUACAGAACUACUGCUACGACAACAUGCAGUUCAUGAAGGUGUUCCACAAAAUACUGGUCCUGUUAUACGAAGCGGAUGUUUUGAGCAAGGAUACCAUACUGAAGUGGCACAAGGACGGCCACUCACCUAAGGGCAAGUCCGUGUUCCUGGAGCAGACCAAGGAGUUUGUGGAGCAGCUCCAGAGCGCAAAAGAAGCACGGGAAGUCGAAGCGGAUGCGGACCCGGAAAACGCCUUCGAAGCGAUGCGGUCCUCCCUCCUGCAGGAGGAAGCGGCGCUGUCCGACCGCGAGGCCGACAAGCUCCGCCGCUCCGAGUCCGAGGCCGACUUCCACGGCCUGGUGCGCCUGAGCGAGCUGAAGGCCGCGCUGGUGUCGGAGACCGAGGACGGACCGGCGGCCAUGGAGAGGCUGAACCAGAUCUCGCGAGAGCUUGGAGAGGUUUGGCAGGCGGAGGAGGACCCGGAUGUGGAUGAUUUGCAUAAUUAAUGAGGAAAGUUUAUAAAUCCACUUCAUUUCAUGAUAGGACUUUCAAACUUGUCACAUUUG